AUGGAACCCAACCGCACCCCGCCACUGCCAGCAGAGCUCAGCGACAUGACCAUCGACUGUCUGGGUAACGAUGUUGCCGCUUUGAAAGCAUGUUGCCUCACCUGUCGGCGGUGGCUGCCCCGAGCGCGAUACCUUCUCUUCAAGACGGUCGUACUCGACGCUGGUAAUUGCCAGGCAUUCAAUCAACUCUUGGGCACUUCUCCGUAUAUCGCUGAUUUGAUUCUCCGUCUCGAUGUGUCAAAUCUCGACACGAUGUCUCUCCUGGAGUCCAUGGGGCCGACGGCUGACCCAAUUCCUACGAAGUCCGCAUGUGUUGUAACACUGGUACCCUGUACUGCGGCACGGUGCUUCAAGUUUUUGGAAGAAUUACAUCUCGUUGGCUGCACGGUACCCAACGUAGCUGCAUUUGCUUCGCUGUUCUGCUACUUCCCCUGUUUGAAGACGCUCUAUGUCCACGACUUGCGUCUUUCGCAUGGUGGCAAUGGAGACGACCUCGCAGAUCUGAACGGAGUGCUACCACUGCCGCGUAUGACCCUUCAAUCAGUUCAGUUUUCGUAUGCUCCUCGCGUCGCGCGUGGUUUCAUCCAAUGGCUGUUCUCGAAGUCGUUGCACACACAAAUACGCACACUCAAGUUCCCAAUCUUGCAACACGAGGAUGUCCUUGUCGCCAACAAAAUCCUGGAAGAUCUUGGUCCACGUUUGCAGCGGUUGUACAUCACGUUGGGUGAAGGGGAUGGCGAUCUGUUGCCAACGUUCACUGGGUUAUCCCACUGCACGGCGCUGCGUACUUUGAUCUUUACGUCCCUCAGGCUGGUACCCCAUGUUCGUCGGCCACUGGACCGACCGCGUCUUGAGUGGGUCCCGGUCCUUCUCUCCCAAGUCUACUCGCUCCACCUGUAUCACGUCUCUUUUCGUGUCCGUGCUGGUGGAGCUUCUCUUGCCGACUUGCACGAGCUCGAUUGGGCGCGUAUUGGCGAUGUUCUGUCGGGCGAACGGUUCAAGGGCUUGCAAAGGGUAUCCAUCCAGAUUGUGAACGGUACAAGUGUUAAGGAGAAUAUAGUACCGUUCAUCCAGACCCGGAUGUCGGGCCUCGAAGACCGCGGUAUCACUCGCUACUACCACCACAUGGUGUGA